AUGGAACGCGACUGCACGCGCCUAAAUUUAUCCACAGCCGUUCAUUCAAAUUCCGAACUGUGUUUCGAAAAACGAAGUGGCGAGUUGUGUGAAAAAAAAAUUAACGGAUUUUUUAAUUUGAAAUUCGGCGUGUUUUCGUCUUCUUUACGAUAAUCUCUGACUUAACAACAUUGAUAAACUCUUUAGAGGCUAACUCCUUGCUCUAAACUCAAGGCGAUGACAGUAUACUGACAAAUGUAACGUAACACGGUAGCUUGAGGCGAAAUUUAAUAAAAUUAUGUGGAUAGGUUCCUUGAAGAGGUAGUGUUUGAAAUUUACAUAGUUCUCCUUUAAAAUAAAAAUGGCGUCGUGGAAAUCGUGUAUAUGGACAGUUUUCGUGGUUGUGUGCCUGUUGGGGAAGAUAUCGGGGUUAGACAAUGGAUUGGCAUUAACCCCACCGAUGGGUUGGCUGGCGUGGGAACGAUUCAGAUGCAACACUGACUGCAAAAACGACCCUGACAACUGUAUAAGUGACCGUCUCUUCCGGACGAUGACAGACAUCCUCGUGAAUGAAGGCUAUGCAGCUGUUGGCUACGAGUACAUCAACGUGGACGACUGCUGGCCUGAGAGGGAACGUGAUCCGAGAGGCCGCCUCGUACCUGACAGAGAACGAUUCCCCUAUGGAAUGAAGAGCUUGUCUGAUUAUGUACACAGCAAGGGUCUUAAGUUCGGCAUCUACGAAGACUACGGCAACUUUACCUGUGCGGGUUAUCCGGGCGUUGUCGGGCAUCUUGCCGGAGACGCAUCUACAUUCGCAUCAUGGGGCGUUGACUAUGUUAAACUUGACGGAUGCUACGCGCUCCCAGCGGAUAUGGACCACGGUUACCCAGAAUUCGGCCGGCAGCUCAACCUGACUGGUCGCCAGAUGGUGUACUCUUGCAGCUGGCCCGUCUACCAAAUCUACGCUGGCAUGCAGCCAAACUUCACAUCGAUCAUCGAACACUGCAACUUGUGGCGUAACUUUGACGAUAUUCAAGAUUCGUGGGCGUCCGUCGAGUCUAUAAUAGACUACUACGGAAACCACCAGGACGUCAUCGUGCCUAACGCCGGGCCAGGACACUGGAACGACCCAGACAUGCUUAUCAUAGGCAACUUCGGCUUAUCAUACGAGCAAAGUAAGACUCAGUUCGCGAUAUGGGCGAUCCUAGCGGCGCCAUUGCUUAUGAGUGUGGACCUUCGCACCAUCAGGCCGGAGUACAAGGCUAUCUUACAGAACAGGAAGAUCAUUGAAGUUGACCAGGAUCCCUUGGGAAUACAGGGAAGAAGGAUAUACAAACAUCGCGGUAUCGAAAUCUGGUCACGACCCAUUCUUCCCAUCCAUGGGCAGCAUUACUCCUAUGCGGUUGCAUUCGUCAACCGAAGGACCGACGGAACCCCCUCUGACGUGGCGGUAACUUUACGAGAACUCGGACUUAACAACCCAGCUGGAUACAGAGUCGAGGACUUAUACGAAGAUGUGGACUACGGUGUGCUGUCCUCUCAAACCAAGAUUAAAGUGAAAGUCAAUCCUUCAGGUGUGGUGAUCCUCCGAGCGGACGCGCAGCCUCCAUUCGCAUACAACACGAUACCGACAAGAACGCCGUACAACGACGUAUUUCGGCUCUCUAAGAAGUAACACCAUCUAACGAACGCAAGACAUACUACAAGUACAAGAUAAAUGUCGCUAUACUCAAUCCCAUUGAUGUCAUAUAAAACAAGAUCGUUUAAGGGUAAAUAAUAUAUCUUGUAAAUUUGCAAAUGAGCUAUAACUAGUUUUAUGUUAUACGGUCGCCAACGCCAUCUAGCGGACUUAACAAUAUCAUAAAAGUACAUGAAAGCGCUAUUUUGAAAAUAAUAAUUGAUUGUAGUGGAGUUUGAUACUCUUAGAGUGAGUUUAAUAUUGAAUCAUAGUAAUUUAAAAUGUUUGCAUUGUUGUCUUAAAAUAUUUAAUAUAUAAAGUCGUAUUUAUUAAUUAAAUUCAGUAUAAAAUAGUUUGUGAUUUUAACAUACUUUGAUAUAAAUAAACUCAUAUUACAACGCCAUCUAGCACAGACAUGGAAACAGAUAACAUAAGUAUAAUAUAGAUGUCGCUAAAAUUCCUUAUCAGUUACAUAGAAAGUUUAAGGGUAAGCCAGUUCAAUAUAAAAAUCUUUAUAAUUUGGAAAUAUACAAGCCUUCCUCACCCUUUUAACUGAUAAAGUAUACAAUUUCACAGAAGAGUAGCUAUUUCUCAUACAGUCCUUGCUUUUGUAUCAUUUAAAAAAAAAACUUUAUAUUUUACCGUCGUCUUUUAUUUGAGAAUGUAAUUGUAUCGAGAAUGAAUAACAAUAUAUGUUUUUAAGAAUAGUUUUAGGUUAACUUUUUGAUAGUAAUAUUCAAAUCGAGUUUUCAUGACAUCGAUGUGCCGAAUCACAGAAAUGAAAUUAUUAAUAGCAUUAAUUCGAAUUUUAUACGGCAAUAUUAAUAGGGCAUUACAUGUAAACAUUGUUUAGCGGAUAAUUAUUUAAUACUGUGUCUUCGUCUUUCGAAUGACAAAUCAAUAAUGUUAGAAAGGGAGAAAUCAGUGUGGAAUUAAACAGCCGCUAAACAACGUUUGGUAAAUAUUAGCAGGGAUGGGCUGAAUAAUCGUUUUUAUUCGUUAAUUGAUGAUUCAAGUCCUUAUAAAAGCUCCCUUGAACGGGUUUCUUUUGGGUUCUUUGAUGUCUAAAGAUUACAAUAAACUUUUGAAUAAACUUUCGAUGCGAAUAAACAUAUUUUAUUUUUAUUAUUUUCGAAAUUAUGUAAUUUAUUGUUAUGGAUAUUUAUGAAUAUAGUGUAAAAAAUUAUCAAAUUAUCGAAUUUUCGGUAAAAUUCGGUAAAAUCGAUAUUCGGCCCAUCACUAAUAUGUCCAUGUAUGUGUUCGAUCUCAGAUACUGUCUGAAUAUUACUAAAUAGAAAGCGAUAUAUUUCAUUGAGAUCUAAUUAAUAUUCGAGUGUUUUGUUAAUGAAAUAUCUUAAAUGUGGUAACAUUGCUUGUGCAUUCGAAUGGAGUUUGUUCAAAACGUUAACAAAAUUAAAAACAAUGACGUCAUCACUUCAAUGACGUUAUCAAUUAUAUUCGAUUCAAUGUUUAAAUUUUUAUGCUCAAAUUAAAUUGAAUCGAAUGAACGAUACUUUUGUUUGCAUUUUUCACGAAUUUUCAUACAAACCGAAUAGUAGUUAUGUAAUACUUGCCUUAUCUAACGUUUUAUUUAUAUUUCUCAAAUGCAAUCGGUGUAUAGUAAUAUGAGAAAUGAUUUUGCCAUUAUGAUUUACUUAGGCUAAGGAUGUACAUUUUAUUUGUCUCUAAAUAUAAGUUUUUAGUAAAUAAAAUAAAUAAUGUUAUAUAUA